GAGGUUAUGCUUACAUUCUAUCGGCGCUUAUACCCCUUCAAGGCUAUCUUCAACUGGCUGAAUCAUGAACAUGCUCCUUCCAAGCUCUUUAACCAGCGCGAAUUUGCAUUUACACUCGCAGGAGAUGUCUACCUCCGCUACCAAUCAUUCAAUAGUCAUGACGAUCUCAAAAAGCAAGUCUGCCAACUCAAUCCAACACGAUUUGAGAUUGGCCCCGUCUAUUCUUCAAAGCCUAGAGACAAGAAGACCGCACGGGCGGGCGGAUUCCAUCCCAUAAUGCGCGAACUCGUUUUUGAUAUCGAUAUGACAGACUAUGAUCCCAUUCGCACAUGCUGCUCAGGAGCCGGGAUAUGCAAGCGAUGUUGGGCUUUUAUUUCUGCUGCCGUCCACGUAUUGGAUACCGCCAUCCGCGAGCAAUUUGGAUACGAGCAGCUUUUGUGGGUUUACUCUGGCCGUCGUGGUAUCCAUCUGUGGAUAUCAGACAAGGAGGCGAUGGAGUUGACCGAUCAGCAGAGGAAGGCCUUGGUUGGCUGGCUCACCGUUAUACAAGGCGGCGGUAAAGAAAGCAAGAAGCUCAGCAUCCGUAGUGGCAUGCGAUCGUUGCCCCCUUCCCUGCAGAGCAUAUUGGAGCAUUUGGCAGUUGUUUUUAGCGAGUUGAUUCUCGCUGAUCAGAAUUGCUUUGGAGACAAAGAGGGGGGAGAAACUCUGCUUCAAUUAAUCCCCGAUGCUGGCGUGGUCGUGGCCCUAAGAAAGCUGUGGUCGGAUGAUCCUUCCCGUCAUUCCGAAGACAGGUGGCAAGACUUUAAGGCUCAAAUUAGAAGUUGCGACAAGGGUUCUCAGCAACGCUUGAAUCUCACUGCAGCAAUGGAGGACAUCAUUAUACAGUACACAUACCCACGACUGGAUGCGGAAGUUUCAAAACACAGAAACCACUUGCUCAAAGCCCCAUUUUGUGUCCAUCCUAAAACCGGCCGGAUAUGUGUGCCAGUCAAUCCGAAAACCAUCGAUGAUUUCGAUCCAGAGACAGUCCCAACCGUUGGACAGCUUCUUAGAGAACUAGAUGAGACCCAAGUGACAACUGAAGGGGAACAAGGGGAAGGGCGCCCUGCUGUGGCAGAUUGGUCAAGGACGUCCUUAAAGUCAUACGUAGAGAUGCUGGACAAUCACGCCAAGGAAAUUAUGGGCGAGUUCAGAAAGGAGAAACGCGCAGCUGCAGACGAGUCGUGGUGAACUAGUAAUCUUUAACGCGUUCUAGGCUAUGUGUUCCUUUGCGAUUGUGGUACUGUUGCUGUCUAAAAUCUAUCGAUAUCUUCUAAGGGGCACACUGGUAUCUCAGGACUCAAAGGGAAUAAAAACGAAAGCAAAAAAGAAAUAGAUUUUUGAAAGAUCGGUCUAGUCCUCACCCACCUCCAUUAUUUCGACCUCCAACCAUUUAGUUAGGGUUUCAUUCGCACCAGGAUCUUUGCGAAGGACAUAUAAAACGCGCUGCGCGACCACGCCAGCGCACUCCUCGGCGCGGCUGAAACCGCUCAAACACCCUUUCCUAUACUCUUCGUCAGAGAGACCCAGAAUCUCUGGGACUCCUUGCAACUUUGGUAAAAAUGCACGGAGAAUGACAGGCAAUGCGAUGAGGGUCGGAAGCUCCGCAGUCAAUGUGGUUAAAUCAUUUGGGGCGGGAGGAAUUUUAGAUUUGUUCUGAAGGGCUUCCAACAAACCACCGAGGUGUUUCAAUCCCUCGAAUGCCUCGCUGACAGCCUCACCAGCAAGCUUGGUGGAUGGUUUGUCUGCGCUUGGACGGGGAAGUAAGGAGAGUACCUCGUAGAGAGCACGACAGUCACCGGCAGCGCUUGCUAGGACGACUGCGCUGGGUGGUGAAGGAGGACGAGAGGCGGGUAGCUUUAUUGUAAAUCUUCCUGGAGGCGGCGUGAUGGAAGGGGUCGACGUGGGAGAUCCACGACGCCUUAGCACAGACAUCACUGGAGAAAUAUCAGGCGAAGAUGGAGGGGACGCGGCAAUGUCAGGACGAUGGGACAAAGCAACAAAACCCUUCCAAAGGACUGAGAUGAGAAGAGUAGCGAGGGUGGUAUGAGUGACCGUGCAUGUUGUGCAUCUCCUGAGGACACGUUCGUACAAGGGCAUAAGUGUCUGAAGUGUGACGAUGGAAGGAUGAAGCACGGUAGUCCCCUUGGUACCCGCUGUCGGCUUGGCGGUAUUUGUAUUGGGCUUUUCAAGAGCUUCCAUUAAGGG